GUCAAUUUCGGGUGAUUUUCCCCUGGUUUGUGUUGACCGGACCAAGACCAGACCCAGACACAGGACCAGAAUCAGGACCAGGACCAGAAUCAGGAUCAGGAUCAGGAUCAGGAUCAGGAUCAGAUUCAGGAUCAGGACCAGGACAAGGACCAGGGUGUGUUGACGGUGAUGGCGGAUGCGGGGCAGUGCGGGCUGUGCGGGGUGAAGGUGAUGUGUCGCUUCAGGCCGCUGAACCAAGCGGAGCGAAGCCGCGGAGACAAAUUCAUCCCCAAAUUCAACGGCGAUGAGACGGUGGUUGUGUCGGGGAAACCGUACGUGUUCGACCGAGUCUUCGCUCCGAACACGGAACAAGUCCAGGUGUACGACACGUGUGCCAAGCAGAUCGUCCGAGAUGUGUUGGGCGGAUACAAUGGGACGAUCUUUGCGUACGGUCAGACGGCGUCAGGAAAGACUCACACUAUGGAGGGGAACCUUCACGACCCUCCUCUGAUGGGAAUCAUUCCACGGAUCUCUCGAGACAUUUUUGAUCACAUCUACUCGAUGGACGAGAACCUGGAGUUUCACAUCAAGGUAUCUUAUUUUGAAAUCUACCUGGAUAAAAUCCGAGACCUGUUGGAUGUGUCAAAGACAAACUUGUCCGUUCACGAGGACAAGAACAGGGUCCCCUUCGUAAAGGGUUGUACAGAACGUUUUGUCUCUAGUCCUGAUGAAGUGAUGGACGUUAUCGACGAGGGAAAAGCAAACAGACACGUCGCAGUGACCAACAUGAACGAGCACAGCUCUCGAAGUCACAGUAUUUUUCAGAUCAAUAUAAAGCAGGAGAAUGUGGAGACGGAGACGAAACUGUCGGGAAAACUUUACCUGGUCGACCUGGCAGGCAGUGAGAAGGUGAGUAAGACAGGGGCAGAGGGCGCCGUGUUGGACGAAGCAAAAAACAUCAACAAGUCUCUGUCGGCUCUCGGGAACGUCAUCUCUGCUUUGAGUGAAGGGACGAAAACUCACGUCCCGUACAGAGACAGUAAGAUGACUCGAAUUCUUCAGGACUCUUUGGGAGGAAACUGUCGAACGACCAUCAUCAUCUGCUGCUCACCGUCCGUUUACAACGAGACCGAGACCAAGUCCACGCUCAUGUUUGGACAGAGAGCUAAAACCAUAAAGAACACUGUGUCUGUGAACCUGGAGCUGACAGCAGAGGAGUGGAAGAAAAAGUACGAGAAGGAGAAAGAGAAGAACAGGAGUCUGAACAUUGUCAUUCAGAAACUGGAGAAUGAGCUGAAACGAUGGAGAAAAGGUGAGUGUGUCCCUGUGGACGAGCAGCUGAGCAACAGGAAGAGGAAGAGCAGCACUGACACCACACAGGUGAUGGACAGCACGGCCAUGCCCAGCGACCCUCUGUCUGAAGAGGAGAAGAUUCAAUAUGAGGCGCUCAUCACUGACCUUUACAAGCAGCUGGACGACAAAGAUGAUGAGAUCAAUCAACAGAGUCAGUUGUCAGAGAAACUUAAACAGCAGCUGAUCGAUCAGGAUGAGCUGUUGGCGUUGAGCCGUCAGGACUAUGAGCGUGUGCAGGGGGAGCUGUCGCGGCUGCAGAGAGACAAUGAUUCAGCCAAAGAGGAAGUGAAGGAGGUGCUUCAGGCUUUAGAGGAGCUCGCCGUCAACUACGACCACAAGAGUCAGGAGGUGGAGGACAAGAACCGCCUAAACAAACAGCUGAAUGAGGAGCUUGCACACAAAACUGUGACUCUUGAGACGGUUCAGAAGGAGUUCUCAUCUCUGCAUGAUCUCAGCUCGCAUCACAAGAAGAGAUCUGCUGAGAUCCUCAAUCUGCUGCUCAGAGACCUGGGAGACAUCGGCAGCAUCCUUGGAACAAGCGACCUCAAAGCUAUGACGGACACAAGUGGAGGAAUGGAGGACGAGUUCACUACUGCUCGUCUCUACAUCAGUAAGAUGAAGUCUGAGGUGAAGUCUCUAGUGACCCACAGCAAACAGCUGGAGCUCGACCUGAAGGAAAACACCUGCAGGAGGUUGGCGAGUGAAACGGAGCUCAGCCGCCUCCAGCUGCUCGUCUCACAGCUGCAGGCGAAGGCGUCGUCUCUGACUGACGAUCUUCAUAAGGUGGAGCAGAAGAAGCGGCAGCUGGAAGAAAGUCAGGAUGCUCUGAUGGAGGAGUUUGCCAAGCUCCAGGCUCAAGAUAAAAUGCACGAGGUAACAGUGAUGGACAAAGAGAGCAGACUGAAGGACGCUGUUGAGAUGAAGACAACUUUAGAAGAACAGAUGGAGAACCACAGAGAAGUUCAUCAAAAACAACAGAGUCGACUCCGAGACGAGAUUGAACAGAAACACCGAGACGCUGAGCAAGUCAAAGAUGUGAAUCAGGCUCUGCAGCUGGAGAUGAGGAAGCUUCAAUCAGACUUUGACAAACUGAAAACCGAGGAUGAGAAAAAAGACCAAAAACUUCAAAAACUUCUGCUCUUGAAUGAGAAAAGAGAACAAGUCAAAGACGAUCUGAAGGGUCUAGAGGAAACAGUGGCCAAAGAGCUGCAGACACUGAAUCACCUUCGUAAACUGUUCAUCCAGGAUGUCGGCAGCCGAGUCGGGAAUAGUUUAGAGAACGAUAGCGAUGACGCUGGUGGCAGUUUGGCUCAGAGACAGAGGAUCGUCUUCUUAGAAAAUAACCUGGAGCAGCUCAGUAAAGUUCACAAACAGCUGGUGCGGGACAACGCAGACCUUCGCUGUGAGCUGCCCAAGCAGGAAAAACGCCUGCGGGCCACAGCAGAGCGAGUGAAAUCUUUAGAAUCUUCCCUGAAGGACGCCAAGCAGUCAGCUGUGAGAGACCGGAAACGAUACCAACAGGAAGUGGACCGCAUCAAAGAAGCUGUCUGCUCUAAGAAUGUCUCCAGAAGAGGGCACUCUGCUCAGAUAGCUAAGCCAAUCAGAGCCGGACAUCAGCAGCCGUCGUCCUCUGCAUCCACCAGACUGACCAUCAGAGGAGGUGGGGUGCCAUCGAAUCGACGCCAUCUCUCCCCCCGACAACAACACAACCACAGCUACAACGCAACAAGUGCAACAGCAACCCCAUAAGAGCCACGGCAGGUUAGAUACAGGAAGUAGAAAACGACAGGAUCACUUUUCUUCGGAUUUUCUUUAUUCUGACCACUUUGCCUUUAGUGGAACCUGGUUACCACCUUAACGACCAUUCCACCUUAACUGCCAACAAGUGCUUUUCUCACCCUAUUUCUAUUUAUUUGAGUUAAAUCAUUAUUAAAUGUGUUAAAUUAUGAUUAUAAUAAGUUAAGUUAUUAUUUAAUGAGUUAAAUUAGUUAAGUGAUGAUAUCACGAGUUACAUGAUGAUGUUGUUAUUAUUUAAAUGAGGUAAAGGGAGUUAAAUUGCUUUUUCAUGAUUAUGAUUUAAAUAGGUUAAUUGAUUAUUUUGAUUAGUUGAAAAAAUGUUGUAAUGAUAUAAAUGAUGAUUUGAAUGAGUUACGUGGCAUCUACUGCACUUCUGUCCGUCCUGGGAGAGGGACCCUCACAUGUGGCUCUCUGAGGUUUCUACGUUCUUUUACACUGUUAAAAGUUUUUAUUUGUAUUUUCGCUCUUGUUGAGGCUUUAGAACAGAGGAUGACACACCUUGUUAAAGCCCUAUGAGUCAAGCUGUGAUUUGUGAAUAUGGGCUCUACAAAUAAAAGUGGAUUGAUUGAUAAGUAAUGAUAUUAUUAAUGUUCUUGAGUUUUUCUAUUUGUGGUUAAGAAGACACGUGUGAACUCAGAUUGAUGUUAGUAUUGUUAAUAUGUUAAUAUUGAUGUGUUAAGAUGAAGAAAACCAAACUUAAAAAAUCAAUGAAAAAUAAUAAUGAAAAUGAAAAUGCAGGGAGAUACAAUAAUGAGACAUUGAAUCUCAUUUAGUUUAGUUUCAAAUUAUUCAUAUUCAACUUUAAACUUAGUUUUGUCUCUUUGGACGUUUUUUGUUAUUUUCUCUUGGAAUGAUGGAGACAGUAAUGUCAGUCUGACGUGAACAACCUAAGAUGUAACACAAAUUAAAAUUGUUAAGUUAAACAGUUUCAAUUUGAUUUUUUCAAGUGGUAGAAAAAUGUAAUUUCUGUUGUGACAAAUAAAAAGAAUGAAACAGUUUUCAUACAUUUAAUCUAUACAUCCUGCUUUUUGGGACAGUAUCGAUCAGCUCAGUGUUUUUGUGUAAUAUUUGUCCAGUGUAAAACAGUGUGAACCUGCUGCUGUGUGUGUUGUUGGAUGUUUCAUGAGAAUCAGUAUUUGGAGUUGUGUAUCUGUGUGUGUUAUUAAUAUAUAGUACAGUUGUAGUUCAUCAAAUUUGUUGCCUGAAUCCUAAAAUUAUGUUUGUGUAUUUGAACAUACUAAUGAGAUGAUGUAACACAGCUCACGUCAAAUCAAUCAAAAAACACUUAUACUGACCGACUUAAUGUAUCAUCAGUAUUAUUCAGCACAAUUUAACUCUAAUGGUUCCUCCAGGGUUUUUUAAGAAUAUUCAUGGGGAUGAAUAUUGAUGAUGAAAACUUUAAUAUAAUCAUUGUGUAAUAAACUUGUUUUGUC